AUGGGGGUGGCCGUGAGCCGUCGCCUCGACACUCAAAACGUGGCCAAGACGCGAAACGCGCUGGCCGAGGUUCCCGCCAGUCUCCCUUCGCCCGCGCAUUUUCGCUCGCUCUCCCUCUCUUCCUUCCCUUUCUCGGUCUCCCGUCUCGCUCUCGGUCUCCCGGCAUCGACCCGGACUGCCCCUGCUGUGCAUGUCUCCUCUCCGUCUUCAAACUCCGUCCCUUUGUCCUCGUCGUGUCGGUCUUCUUUUGCUUCCGCCGCGUCUGCCUGCCGCCUUCGCGGCGUCUGUGCGCCCGCCUCCUUGCUCCCCUGCGAUUCCUUCGCUUCGGCCUGGGGACGACCCUCCGGUUCACCGCCGCUGGAAACUGGCCACAGGCUUCCGGAUCUCUCUCUCCCUCCCGCGUGGCCGCGCCAAACUCCACGCGAGCGGCUGAGAGCCGCCGAGGGCUGGACGUUCGCCGCCACCCAGACAGCCCGGUCGCUCUCGACUGGAAGAGGUCGGCGCUCAUCUCGUGCGCCUCGUCGCCGCGCCGAGGGACAAGCCGAAGCAUGUGGAGGUGAAGACGCGGAGGAGACUGGCGAUGUGCAGGACGCUCUAGCUGCGUCGAGGAUUCCCGCGACGCAUCUGCAGGCUCCGGAGCGGCGCGUUCAGCGCUGGCGGGAAGAACAAGACGCCGAACCCGUCCCGCUCCUCGCCAGGCCGUUCGUGCAUGCGUUCCAGCCUCGAGAAUUCCUCAACAGGGACGACCUUCCCUGGCUGACUUCCGAGCAGAAAAAGUACAGCCGCAUCCUGUUCGGGAAGCCCAUUGCCGCCCACCCCGUCCUGGUUGCGCAGACUCUCCACAAACUCCCACAUAAUCCGUGGCCGCAGGUCGCAGCCGUCGGCCACUCAAACGUCGGAAAGUCUUCUUUGCUGAAUGCGCUCAUGCACGGCCGCGACGUGGCUCGGUCGUGCAGCAUUCCGUUGCCGAAUGGAAAAGUGUUAACUCUUCCAAAGGUUGCACCCGUCUCUCACGCUCCGGGACGAACGCGUCAUCUCUUCACUUUCGACCUUGGCAACCACUUAAGUCUCGUGGACCUUCCCGGCUACGGGUUCGCUCGCGUGAAGCCGCAACUGAAGGAGGAGUGGGCGAUUUUGAUCGAGGAAUAUUUCACCCGCUCAAAACACACCAAGGGUGUAGAGCCUCUGGACGAGAAGCUGUGGCAGUUGCUAGCGGAAAAAGAUCUUCCCUUCCAAGUGGUCCUCACCAAGGUCGAUCUCCUUUCAGCGCCUCAAUUGCACGAGGCAAUGUUUAAUGUUCUGACGAGGCUCCAGACUGUGGAGAAGAAGGAGACGCUUCUCCACCCGUUUGUGCAUGCAGUCUCUUCGCGGUACAACCACGGCAUUCCGGAACUGAGGGCCUCGCUUUCUGCGAUUGCAUCUGACUGGCGAAAACGGCACAAUCUCGGCUUAUUCAAAUUUCAAGGACGAGAAGACUCUCCUGUGCGACGACACAGAUAA